AUGGAACAAAAUCACAAUUAUUAUUCUGCAAACGACUAUACAGAGAAUCAAACCCCGAACGAAUACUGUUACCCUCCAGAAGCCCACGAAAUGACUCCAAUUUGUCACGACUUUCAAAACGGAAGAUGCACACGUCUAAGCUGUAAAUACCUGCAUGUACCUCGCGGAGCUCUCCUGCCGGCGGCAUAUGGCAGCUACAAUCCAUAUUAUAGGCAGCAGCACAUGCAGCCACCUUACUAUGUCCCUCCCUGCAAGGACUACUUGAAUGGACAGUGUCGGAGGGAUGGGAAAUGUCGAUACAGACACAUCUCCAAGUCAGAGUACAUGAUGGAAUUGCACUCCCCCGUCUCCACUGAAUCUGAGUUCGGGGCAGCCAAACGCCAUCAGUAUGAACGGACUGUCGAUACUCUUCUCUAUGAAAAGUCUCAGAGGUUGGGUUGGUGUUUUGAGAUUUUCAGAGUGUCACUUUUGGAGGAGAAUAUUCACCUUCGAGCAAGGGUCACUCAAAUUGAGCAGCAAAUUUCAGAUCUGAGAGCCACGAAUAAUUUGUUGGUAGAACAGCUGGCCGAGUACAGGAAUCAGACGAUUGGGAUACCCUUAGCUACGACUUUGGCUGGUGGGAAAGUCAUUCCGACCAGUCUAUUCUUUGUGCCUGGACAGACUGCCCCCAUUUUACCAUCCUCUACUGCACUUUCUCCUGUUGUGUCAGCCCCACUACUCCACACUCCAUGUCCUCCCCCUCCUCUCAUUAAUACCGCUGAUGCUGAUACAACUGAGACCGAACAACCUCAAAGUACUUAA